AUGAAGACUUCAGACAUCCUCUUAACUUGUCUUCUCAUCACCAUCCCACUCACUCACCUCCUCGUCUCGCCUUACACCAAAGUCGAGGAAUCCUUCAACAUCCAGGCUGUCCACGACAUUCUCAUAUACGGAACGCCAACCUCGGACAUUCAUGAGCGUCUCUCUCACACCUACGAUCAUUUCACCUUCCCUGGAGUAGUACCCCGAACAUUCGUUGGUGCUGUACUCCUCGCAGGGCUGGGCCAGCCCAUCAUCGCUCUAGCUGGCUUCCAGCAUGCGCAGCUCGUCGUGCGAGGCCUGCUUGGUGCAGCCAAUGUCGCUGCGCUUCUAACAUUCAGGUACUCUCUAAAGAGAGCUUAUGGUACGGGUGUGUCGGCUUGGUGGGUAGUAUUUAUGGCAAGUCAGUUCCAUAUCAACUACUAUCUCUCACGGACAUUGCCAAAUAUGUACGCCUUUGGCCUGACGACCCUCGCUUCGGCCUUUCUCCUCCCACAGCCGUCACCUCAGCUCUCAUUCGUCCGCCAGAAACAGGCAAUUGCUCUCUUGGUUAUCGCAGCAGCUGUGUUCCGUUCCGAAGUCGCUGUUCUGCUCAGCACCACAGGGCUCUAUCUGCUUUUCACCGGACGUAUCGCUCUGCGCCCCUUGAUUCUCACCUUCCUCGGCUCUUUCACCGCUUCACUUCUCCUUUCGGUACCGAUUGACUCGUACUUUUGGCAGAAGCCGCUCUGGCCCGAGCUGUGGGGUUUUUACUUCAAUGCUGUCCUCGGGUCUUCGUCAGAAUGGGGCGUCUCCCCAUGGCAUUACUACUUCACCUCGGUGCUUCCCAAGCUGUUGCUCAACCCUAUCGUGCCCAUAUUGAGUGUCUUUGCACUGACACGACCUGGCACUUCUCGAGCUGCGCAAGCCCUGCUGAUCCCGAACCUACUCUAUGUCGCCAUUUACUCAGCUCAACCUCAUAAGGAGGCACGAUUCGUCUUUUAUGUUGUUCCAUCUCUUACUGCUGCUGCAGCGCUUGGUGCCAAUUUCCUGUCCUCGCGCGCACCAAAAUCUGUUAUUUACCGCUGUGUCUCUGCUAUCAUCGCCCUCUCCGUCCUCGUCAGCUUCGCAGGCAGCACUGUCAUGCUUUUGUUCUCUUCUCUAAACUACCCAGGUGGGGAUGCCCUUCAGCAGCUCUACUACAUAGCUCGUGACGAUCCAAGUCCUGUCGUCGACGUCCACGCUGAUGUCUUGACUUGCAUGACUGGACUUACGCUGUUUGGGCAGAAUCCAUCGGCUUAUCCCAUUGCCUAUGCUAUAACCCCCGAGCCUGAUUCUACAGCCCCUACUCUGGUCUUCGACAAGACGGAGAAGGGAGAUCAACUGUACUGGUCCCGUUUCUGGGAACGCUUCGACUAUGCUCUAGCUGAGGACCCACGCAAAGUAUUGGGUGGGUGGCAAAUUGUGGGGGUAGUCACAGGCUAUGAUGGUCUUGAGAUCCUCAAGCCAGGUUCGUCGGCUCUAAGUGACGGAACCGAAGAGGGAACAAUUGGGGGUGAAAAGGUUCUUGGACUGGGCGCCCACGUCGCCGCUGUGAGGAACUUGGUUAGGGGUUACACGGGUGGUUGGUGGGCAGGCCCUCGAAUGUCGCCCCGAAUUCGAAUAUUGAGACGCGUUAGUUAA